CCUCCACUCAAGUUCUCGCGUGGUUAACUUUGCACUUUGGUUAAAGUCUCAUUUAGAUGUAAAUUUCUAAACUUUGCUUACGAAAUUAAGUUUUCUUUGAUCUCCUCUCUUCUGAAUUGCAGAAAUCAGAUAAAACUACUUGAUAAAAUGAUUUCCUGUCACGCUGCUGAAGAUCCUAUUAAAAAGGUUGCUAUCUUUGGAGGAACUCAUGGGAAUGAACUAACAGGAGUAUUCCUAGUUAAGCACUGGCUGGAGAACGGCACUGAGAUUCAGAGAACAGGGCUGGAAGUAAAACCAUUUAUUACCAACCCAAGAGCAGUGAAGGAGUGCACCAGAUAUAUUGACUGUGACCUGAAUCGAGUUUUUGGACCUGAAAAUCUUGGCAAAAAAAUAUCAGAGGAUUUGCCAUAUGAAGUGAGAAGGGCUCAAGAAAUAAAUCAUUUAUUUGGUCCAAAAGAUAGUGAAGAUUCCUAUGACAUUAUUUUUGACCUUCACAACACUACUUCUAAUAUGGGGUGCACUCUUAUUCUUGAAGACUCCAGGAAUGACUUUUUAAUUCAGAUGUUUCAUUAUAUUAAGACUUCUUUGGCUCCAUUACCCUGCUAUGUUUACCUAACUGAGCAUCCUUCCCUCAGAUAUGCAACCACUCGUUCUAUAGCCAAGUAUCCUGUUGGUAUAGAAGUUGGUCCCCAGCCUCAAGGGGUUCUGAGAGCUGAUAUUCUGGAUCAAAUGAGAAAAAUGAUUAAACAUGCUCUUGAUUUUAUACAUAAUUUCAAUGAAGGAAAAGAAUUUCCUCCCUGUGCUAUUGAAGUCUAUAAAAUAAUGGAGAAAGUUGAUUAUCCUAGGAAUGAAAGUGGAGAAAUUGCUGCUCUUAUCCACCCUAAACUGCAGGAUCAAGACUGGAAACCAUUGCACCCUGGGGAUCCUGUGUUUUUAACUCUUGAUGGAAAGACUAUUCCAUUGGGUGGAGACCAUACCGUGUACCCAGUGUUUGUAAACGAGGCUGCAUAUUAUGAAAAGAAAGAAGCUUUCGCAAAGACAGCUAAACUAACACUCAAUGGGAAAAGUAUUCGCUCCUCUUUACAGUAGAAAUCACUUCUAGCUCACUUGUUAUAGAGUACGUUGAAAAAUUCUACUAGUUCGUAAGCUCCUGAAGAGCAGGAUUGUGCCUUAUUCAUUUCCACAGCACCUAGCCCAGUGCCUUGCACGCAAUGGACAUUCAGGUAAAUUUCUUGAAUGAGUGAAUACAUUAAUGAAUACCUUUUAUAGAUAUCGUACUUUAUGUAUGUAACUUAUUCAAAGAAGCACAUUUCUUAUUUCUGUAUAGCUUUUUAUACCUUAUACUUUGAUAGCUUAACAUUCUUAGUAAACAGCCUUUGAAUUUAAAUUUUAACAUUGAAAUAGAUACUAUAUACAAAAAAAAUAACUUGAGCAUAUAAUUAAAUGUUGUAUGUUUUCAAGCAAUAUAAAAAUGCUACUAGAGGGCUUCCCUGGUGGCGCAGUGGUUGCGCGUCCGCCUGCCGAUGCAGGGGAACCGGGUUCGCGCCCCGGUCUGGGAGGAUCCCACAUGCCGCGGAGCGGCUGGGCCCGUGAGCCAUGGCCGCUGAGCCUGCGCGUCCGGAGCCUGUGCUCCGCAACGGGAGAGGCCACAGCAGAGGGAGGCCCGCAUACCACAAAAAAAAAAAAAAAAAAAAGUGCUACUAGAAACUAAUGGUAUUUUAAAUUUUUUCACAUUUGAAUUAAUGAUAAAGUAUUAAGGAUCCAGUCUAUCAACUUUAGCAGUAGUUGUGUUAUCUGUAGAUUUUUAAAUGCUCUUUUGAAGAUGAAAUGUGAACAAGAAAUGAGGGCUGAUUGUAAAGGUGACAUUAUGAAUAAAUCAAGAAACUCUGAAUGGUCCUUUGUCCACUGACAGUCACCACACAAAGCAUCACAAAGUAUCACUUCUCUGGCAUGCCCACUCGUUCUGCGCUGACCUCAGGGAGUGAAGAACCUCCUUCAGACCUCUCACACGCCCCGCUAGAAGCUCACGUUCCUUCACAACUUGGGAGGCAUGUUGCUCCCAGCCCUCCCUUCUUACUUUGAAAGAACACUCUUGCCCUUCUUCCCAACCAACGUGUAAGGAAGUCUUUGGGCUCCAGUAGCAUAGGUAGUAAAGGCAGAAAGAGCAGAGGGCAGUGGACACUAGUGGAAAUGUGACCCAAAGCCAUCUCUGGUUCACAAAUGCAUUCUUUUAAGACAUUCCUUCCUGGCCUAAAUGCCCAAGUCCCUCACUCCCAGGAUUCUUCUCCUCAAAGUUCC